AGAAAUCGACCUCUUGAUGAAAGAUGUACUUAUGAAGUAAUUAUUGAAGUAUACAACAGGAAGAAAAAAGAUAGGAUAUUCAAAAAAUUCAACACACACUUCAGCUGGAGGAGUACUUUUUUGUCAAACAUAUCCAAGUUAGAUGGCCCACCCUACAUCCAUCUAUACAGUAGUAGGCAGUGAAAAAGUACUUAGAACAGAAAAGAAGUUUUGAAAACAUGAAAGGUUCAGGAGAAUCAGGAACUCCAAGCAAAAUAUACUUCGACUUAGAAUUUGAAAAAAAGUUCAACCCAACUAAGCAUGGACCUGAUCUGGUGAAAGUUUUCAUAAAAUGUGUAUGUUACUCCCUUCAUGAGAUUUAUGGUAUAGAAGCUGACAGCUCUUUAUUUUUGUGGUUAGAUGCUAGUACCAAAGAAAAGUUCAGCUGCCACUUAAUCUUACAAUUGAAAAAUAUAGCAUUUGUUGACAAUGUUCAUGUAGGAAACUUUGUGCAUUAUAUAUGUGAGAAGAUUAGACACAACAUAGAGACCUUUUAUUUAACUGGAUGUGGCUCAUCAGUUUUGACUUCAAUGAGAGGUGAAGUAGAAACUGACAACUUAACAUGUAGCUGGCCUGAUCCUUCUGAACUUAAAGAACUGAAUAUCUUUGGAAAAGAUGGAAACCUGCAUUUGUUCUGUGAUGAAGCUGUAUACACGAAGAAUAGAAACUUUAGGUUAUACUUGUCGACUAAGAUGGGGAAAGGAGCUCCUCUGAUUCUUGCCCCAGAGAACCAGUAUUUACCCCAAAAACCAAGCAGCAGUGAAAAUAUUUUUCUGGAUUCUCUUGUUACACAUUUUAGGUGUUCAGGAUCAAUCCAGCUGCUUACAUUUAGUGAUACAUGUACACCAAAACAGAAGUUAACAGACCUUCCAAAACAAAGAGUAUUUCUCCAAGGAUGUCAACAGUCACCAUACUUUGAAGUGGACAAGUUUGUUCAUUCACUAGUUGCAUCAUCAGAGAAGACAGGGUAUAUCAGACGUUGGACUUACUAUUCUGAUGAUGAAUUGCUUGUGUAUGACAUAGCUAACUACAGGUUUUGUGAGAAUAUUGGUCGUCACCACAAAAGCAACAAUAUCAUGAUUAUAGUAGACCUACGUCGAUGUAUUUACUACCAGAAGUGUUUGGACCCUGAUUGCCGUAUACAAGGAUUCAAGUCAACAUCAAGAACUUUACCUAGAGAGAUACUACCCUGGUUUGAGAUAAUGGAGGAUUCUAAUAUAACACAAAAAAGAGAUCUUGUUAGAACUUCUGACACAUGGCUGAAGACUUAAAAGCAGCAACUUCCAAUGAUUCAGAAAUAUUGCCAUAUGUUAAUCACUAAGGUUAAACUUUAACACCUUUAAUGAACUUUUAUUGCCAAGUUUUUCAGUAAAAGAAAGAACUAUCUUAUAACUGGAGUGAUGAAGAUAAUGAUUUUUUAUUGAAAGUUGCUUUAGAUACAGAAAUGUGUGCAGUUCAUGAAGAUGAAUUAUAUGAUGGUUAGAAUGACAAUAACAAUGAGCUUUUAUUGCAGGCUGUUUUGGAAAUAAAGUCCUAUCCAACUCAUUAAGGGAAGAGUUCUAACAUAGGACAACAGUAAAACCUAACUUACAAUGUAUAAAAGUGACCAUAAGUUACCAGUAUCAUUGUACUUGUAGGUUGAAAAGCACAAGAUGAAAUGUCCAGUGUUUGUUGUAUUGAUGCACUUUUAUUGCAACUGUCCUAAACAUAGAAAAAUGCUGCACUUAAACUGUUUCCUCUAGAUGACUUGUAACCUUUACAUAUCACCUUAUUUUAUGAAAUCUUGUAAUAUUGCAAAGUAUCUUUUCAAUGUGAAAUAAACAUUUAAGUCAUAUAUUCA